AUGUUAGAGGCGGCGAUGCCCGCAAUCCAAGAAGAAAUCAACAACGAGGUGGAACGCUACCAAGCUGUUGUUCAAGCGUGGAACGAACAACACGUCCACAUACCACGUACUCAGAUGUAUAUCCACCGAGACCAUGAACAAGCUGGUUUGCAGCUUUUCUCAGAUUAUUUCUCUAGAGAUCCUCGAUGGAGUGAUCAAAUGUUCCGUCGUCGGUUCAAGAUGCAGAGGCCUUUAUUCCCGCGCAUUGUCAACACAGUUGUAGCACGUGACUCGUAUUUCAUGCAAACCACCGAUGCUGUUGGGCGGCAAAGUAUAUCGACUUUGCAGAAAUGCGCAUCCGCCAUACGCCAACUCGCUUACGGAACUACUACAGAUAUGUUUGAUGAGUAUCUCCAUGUGAGCGAGUAA